AUGUCUCUUGAAUUUGAUUUCACCGAUAAAGUAGUAUUGAUAACCGGUUCGAGUUCGGGUAUCGGUGCGGCCAUUGCCGUCCAAUUUGCCCGAUCGGGUGCCACUGUUGUGAUCACUGGUAGACGAUCGGACAAAUUAGCCGAAGUGGCCAAACAGUGUCAAAGUGUUUCGCCGAAACAAUUGCCGACAUUGGAAGUGGUCGGAGAUUUGACUAAUGAUGAGGAUAUCAAACGUCUAGUGGAGACAACUGUCCAACAUUUUGGUCGACUGGAUAUAUUGGUCAACAAUGCCGGCGGAACUACAAUGAGUUCAUUAACAGAUCCAGAAUUUUAUCAGAAAUUUCUAAAUGAAAUGCAAUUGAAUUUGAAUUCAAUGGUAUUAUUAACGCAUCUAUCGGUCGAUCAUUUGGCCAAAACUCGGGGAAACAUUGUUAACAUAUCAAGUAUUGCCGGACUUCGAGCCUUUUCAUCAAAUCCAGCCUAUUGUAUGGCUAAAUGUUCAAUAGAUAUGUUUACCAAAUGUUGUGCCGCGGAAUUGGGUCCGAAACAUAUUCGGGUUAAUGUUUUUAAUCCGGGACCAAUAAAAACAUUAGCAUUUACUACUACACGGGGUAUGACUAUUGAACAAAAUGAUGCCCUAUUCGACAAAAUGGGUAGUUUAGCUCCGGUAGGUCGACCAGGACUACCCCAUGAACUAGCCGAUACUGUACUAUAUCUGGCCAGUGACCAUGCCCAAUUUAUUACCGGUGCCCAACUAUGUGUUGAUGGCGGUUUGAUAGUGUCCAGUGAUUUUCCUAUGGAUUAA